AUGGUGGACGCCGCGGCAGCCGAGAAGUUCUUAGAUGCUAACCCACAGUUCGCCAAGCAGUACUACGACAUCAACUUCCGGCCCAAGGUGGUGUCGGACCUGCUGGACAACGGCCGCGCCACGGCGGUAGACGUGAGCCGCUACCACAAGCUCACCACUGUGGAGGAGAGCGAGAUCCUUUUCGACCUGGUGCGUGACAUCCAAGACAACCUGCAGAUGGAGAAGUCCCUCUUCAACCUAAUGAGGCAUCUCAGCUUCAUGUUGAGGGCCGACCGCAUGAGCCUCUUCAUGUACCGCCAGAGGAACGGCGUUGCUGAGCUUGCCACCAGGUUGUUCAACGUGCAUAAAGAUUCCGUGUUCGACGACUGCCUGGUGCAGCCCGACAGUGAAAUCGUGUACCCGCUGGAUUUAGGCAUCGUGGGCCUUGUGGCCUCCACCAAGAAAAUGGUCAAUGUGCCUGAUGUCUCACAGAAUCCUCACUUCAGCAACUUUGUGGACGAACUGACCGAGUACACCACCAGGAACGUGCUGGCCGUGCCCAUCAUGAAUGGCAAGGACAUGGUGGCCGUCAUGAUGGCUGUCAACAAGAUGGACGACGCGCCGCACUUCACUGCUGCAGAUGAGGAGACCCUCAACAAGUACCUUAACUUUGCCAACCUGGUGCUGAGGGUUUUCCACCUGAGCUACCUGCACAACUGCGAGACAAGGAGAGGACAAGUGCUGCUGUGGUCGGCCAGCAAAGUAUUUGAGGAGCUGACAGACAUCGAGAGGCAGUUCCACAAGGCCUUGUACACAGUACGAGCCUUCCUCAACUGCGAUCGCUAUUCUGUGGGCCUGCUGGACAUGACCAAAACCAAGGAGUUUUUUGACAUGUGGCCGGUCCUGAUGGGAGAAGUUCCUCCUUAUGAUGGACCCAAAACCCCUGAUGGUCGGGAAAUUAACUUCUAUAAAAUCAUCGACUACAUCUUGCACGGCAAAGAAGACAUUAAAGUCAUCCCGAAUCCUCCUGCAGACCACUGGGCUUUGGUCAGCGGGUUGCCAACGUAUGUGGCUGAAAAUGGACUGAUUUGCAACAUAAUGAACGCGGCCGAGGAUGAAUUCUUUGACUUCCAGAAAGAACCUCUGGACAACUCCGGCUGGACAAUCCGCAACGUUUUAUCCAUGCCCAUCGUCAACAAGAAAGAAGAGAUUGUGGGCGUGGCCACCUUCUAUAACAGGAAAGACGGGAAACCCUUUGACGAGAUGGACGAAACGCUGAUGGAGUCUCUGACUCAAUUCCUGGGCUGGUCAGUGCUCAACCCAGACACGUACGACAAGAUGAACAAGUUAGAGAACCGCAAGGACAUCUUUCAGGACAUGGUGCUCUACCACGUCAAGUGUCGCAAGGACGAGAUCCAGAAUGUCCUGAACACACGCGAAAGAUGGGGGAAAGAACCGGAUGAGUGUGAAGAGGAGGAACUUGAGGAGAUCCUGUCUGAAGUCCUCCCCAACGCCAAGAAAGCGGAGAUCCUAGAGUUUCACUUUUGUGACUUUGAUCACAGUGAGCUCGACCUGGUCAAGUGCGGCAUCAGGAUGUACUACGAGCUCAAAGUGGUGGACAAGUUUCACAUACCCAGAGAGGUGCUGGUGAGGUUCAUGUACUCACUUAGCAAAGGCUACAGGAAGAUCACCUAUCACAACUGGAGACACGGAUUCAACGUCGGGCAGACCAUGUUCACCCUGCUGAUGACAGGUGACUUGAAGCGUUACUACACAGACCUGGAGUGCAUGGCCAUGGUAACGGCCGGCUUCUGUCACGAUAUCGACCAUCGAGGAACCAACAAUCUCUACCAGAUGAAGUCUGGAAAUCCUCUGGCGAAGCUUCAUGGCUCAUCCAUCUUGGAGAGACACCAUCUUGAGUUUGGCAAGACUUUGCUGAGAGAUGAGUCUUUAAACAUCUACCAGAAUCUGAACCGCCGCCAGCAUGACAUCGUCAUCCACCUAAUGGACAUCGCUAUCAUCGCAACUGACCUGGCACUCUACUUCAAGAAGCGAACCAUGUUUCAGAAGAUCGUGGACCAGUCCAAGUCCUAUGAGAACUGGAACGACUGGACCAAAUACAUGAUGCUUGAGACUACACGCAAGGAGAUUGUAAUGGCCAUGAUGAUGACAGCCUGCGACCUGUCGGCCAUCGCCAAACCCUGGGAGAUACAGAGCAAGGUGGCGCUGUCUGUAGCUGCUGAGUUUUGGGAGCAAGGAGACCUGGAAAGGACAGUGCUGGAGCAACAACCAAUUCCCAUGAUGGACAGGAAUAAAGCAGACGAGCUUCCGAAACUUCAGUGCGGCUUUAUCGACUUUGUCUGCUCCUUUGUUUACAAGGAGUUCAGCCGAUUCCACGUUGAGAUCACGCCCAUGUUGGAUCGUCUUCUGAACAACCGGAAGGAGUGGAACGCCCUGAAGGAGGAGCACGACGCCAAGAUGGCGGUCAUCGACGCGGCCAAGAAGGCUAAGGAAGAGGCGGCUGGCAAGGCGGCUGCAGCCAGACAAGGUCCGAGUGCAGCCCAGUCCAAGACUUGCACGCUCAGCUAA